CUAAUACUCUAUCUUUCUCUCUCUCUCCCCUCUCUCUUUCAUGGCGAUGGCCUCUUUAUCUUCCCCAAAACUCCUCUGCAAUUCCACAUUCUCCUCUGCUUCUUCUUCAUCUCCAUCUUCCUCCUCAUUAGGGUUUCGAUUUUCCGCCAUCUCCUCCAUCAAUGCCCGCCCUCUCCGACGUCUUCAAAACCAUCGAGUCCGUCGGCUCUCUGUCCGCGCCCUAACCCUAGACUUCUCAGGUUCGUUCUUCGAAGGAGGAGGAGAAGACGACAGAGAUCCCCCUUCCUCGGGCGGUCCCGCCAUCGCGGUCGAGGACAAGGAAGAGCCUCAGUGCCCGCCCGGCCUACGCCAGUACGAGACGAUGGCCGUCCUCCGCCCAGACAUGUCCGAAGACGAACGCCUUACUCUCACCCAAAAAUAUGAAGAGCUGCUUGUUGCUGGGGGUGGCAUGUAUGUGGAGGUGUUUAAUAGGGGUGUCAUACCUCUGGCCUACAGCAUCAAGAAGAAGAACAAGGCAGGAGAAACCAACAAGUACUUGGAUGGAAUUUACCUACUCUUCACCUAUUUUACUAAACCAGAAUCUAUGGAUGUUCUUGAGGCCAGGCUCAAGGCUGAUGAUGAUGUUAUCCGUUCCUCUAGCUUCAAGAUAAGGAAGAGGAAAUAUUAGCAAGUGCCCAUCAAGCUUCCCAUUGGGGAAGGUAAAUGGAGAAAUGGAAGCAGUGGAUAAUGUGUGUAAACUCAUGGAAGGUUUUAUUUUACAUGAUGUUGUUUUUUCCCCCAGAUUGCUCAUCUUAUUUUAUAUGCCUUUUUUGAGUCAUUGAUCAUGAAAAUCAUUAGUAAGAAAAUUCUCAAUAUUCCAUGCA